UCAAACAUUCCGAAGCAGCAGAAAAAAAAAACCGCUUCUUUGGCCUUCCUCGGCUUGCAAUGGCGUCAUCUCUUUCCCGACACCUUCACUCCCCAGCACACUCUGCUAGGUUUCCGCCACCUCCCACCGAUUACCUCCAGCUUUCUCUGAUCUCCCUCCCUCAAAUUCUCUCCGCAAACACUCAGCCCAACCCACUCUCUCUGUUCACUCACCUCUCUCUUUCAUCCCACUCCUCUUCCUAUAAUCUAAUUAAUCGUCGCAGAAGACCGUCGCGAUGUACUUUUCUCCAUCUGGAUUCCUUGGAUUUGGACGCGAAAGGCAAUUUUGAUGAGGUUGGAGAAGAGGGAGAGUUAUCGGAGUUAGAUUUGUCUGAACUUGACGAAGAGGCGCGCCGUGCCGCCAGGAAGCAUUCCAUGUUCUUGUCUCAGGAACUUAAAUUAGAGGAUGAAACCUAUGAAGAGAAGGGGGAGAGGUUGCAGAGGAAGAGAACUUUGAAUAUACACAUCCCUGAUCAUCUUCUCCCAAAGGUAGCAAUAGUUGGAAGACCAAAUGUUGGUAAAUCAGCAUUAUUUAAUCGCCUUGUUGGGGGGAAUAUGGCUAUUGUUGUUGAUGAACCUGGUGUUACUAGAGAUCGUCUUUAUGGUAGAUCUUUUUGGGGAGACCGUGAAUUUUUGGUAAUAGAUACUGGUGGUGUCAUGAUCCUUUCAAGGUCACAUAAUGAAGUCAUGAAGGAACUCGACAUUACUACAACUAUUGGCAUGGAAGGGAUUCCUCUUGCUCUUAGGGAAGCCGCUGUUGCAAGGAUGCCUUCCAUGAUCGAGAAACAAGCUGCUGCUGCUUUGGAGGAAGCAUCUGUUAUUAUAUUUCUCGUAGAUGGACAGGCAGGGCUAACUGUGGCUGAUGAAGAUAUUGCAGAUUGGCUGCGUAAGAGCUAUUCCACCAAGCCUAUCAUCCUUGCCGUUAAUAAGUGUGAAUCUCCCCGAAAGGGUCUAAUGCAAGCGUCAGAGUUUUGGUCCUUGGGGUUUACUCCUCUGCCGAUAUCAGCUAUUUCAGGCACUGGAACAGGUGAUCUUCUUGAGCUUGUUUGCUCAGAGCUGCAAACAAUUGAGGCUUUUGAGAUCAGUGAAGGGGAAAGCAGUUAUGUUCCUUCUAUUGCCAUUGUGGGUCGACCAAAUGUCGGGAAAAGUAGUAUUUUGAACUCUUUAGUUGGUGAGGACAGAACUAUUGUCAGCCCAAUCAGUGGAACCACCCGUGAUGCUAUUGAUACUGAAUUUACUGGACCGGAUGGACAGAAAUAUAGACUUAUUGAUACGGCUGGAAUUCGACGGAGAGCAGCAGUUGCUUCAGGUGGUAGCACGACUGAGGCAUUAUCUGUGAAUCGGGCAUUUCGGGCCAUUCGUCGUUCAGAUGUGGUUGCACUUGUUAUUGAAGCAAUGUCUUGUAUAACAGAGCAGGACUACAGAAUUGCUGAAAGAAUUGAGAAAGAAGGAAAAGGUUGCAUUAUUGUUGUAAAUAAAUGGGAUACAAUACCAAAAAAGAACCAUGAAACAACUACAUAUUACGAGCAAGAUGUGAGGGAGAAGCUGCGCAUGCUUAACUGGGCGCCAAUUGUUUAUUCUACUGCAACGACUGGCCAUAGUGUUGAUAAGAUUAUUGAUGCUGCCAGCAUGGUUGAAAGAGAAAGAUCCAGAAGGCUAAGCACAUCCAUUCUGAAUCAAGUGGUACAGGAAGCAGUAGCCUUUAAACCGCCACCGAUGACAAGAGGUGGCAAACGAGGACGUGUUUACUAUAGCACUCAGGCCGCUAUUCGUCCUCCAACUUUUGUUUUCUUUGUUAAUGAUGCAAAACUUUUUCCUGAUACAUAUAGACGUUAUAUGGAGAAGCAGCUAAGAUCAAAUGUGGGUUUUCCUGGUACACCAGUUCUCCUUCUAUGGCGCAGCAGACGAAAAGCAGAAAAGGAUUGCAAGGCUUCAGAGACAGUGAAAAGAUCUUCUCUCGGCAGAAAUGCUGAAAGUCUAUCUGUUGCAACUUAAUUCAUGAUAUGCGCUGCUCAGCAAGUGCUAAUUAGCAUCAGGUCUGGGUACUGUAAGUAAAUUAAAUUUCCAUAUUUGCAGCUGUAGAAAUCAUGUGAAAAAUCUGCAACCUUGUAAUAUCUAAUUUUGCAGUUUCUGCUUUGAGAGGGAACAAUAUUUCUAUUGUAGCUAAUGCUCAUUGUUUUCAAUCUCUUGUUUUUUAACUGUUCUGCACUGAUUACAUGUGUAAGUUCUAAUGUAAAAAAGGGAAGACUUUCUUUUAUAUUUACA